AUGAGACAUUCGGGACGGACUAAGGGGGCGGUGAGGGUAGCAGAAGCGGGGGAUGGCUGCUCGGAGGCAUCGUUGAGGAUAAUCACAGGCGAGGAAGACCUACGAGAUGUACGUCACCUUGCCCUUGCUGUGGACACAAAUACGACACAGGUGGAUCAUUUGGGCAUCGUAUUGCCUCUCCUCUCAGAGCUCCGCCUGGAGCGGGGGAGCGUUUUGGCGUCCUUUCGGGAUCUGGGUAGUUCUCUCCCUAAUCUCCGAGUCCUGUGGCUCUCGGCGUGCGGAGUUCGCCACCUGGACGGAGUUGGGGCGCUGACAGGGCUCGAGGAGCUGUACCUGGCGUUUAAUGACGUGGAGGACCUUACGUCCAUCGCCCUCCACGACAGACUCGAGGUGUUGGAUCUCGAGUCGAACUGCGUGAAGGACGCGGAGCAAGCGAUCCACCUAGGCACGUGCUCUCACCUCUGGUCGCUCACCCUGACCGCCAACCCGGUUUGCCGCGAUCUUCACUACCGGAGGAGGAUGGUCGAAGCCGUGCCGCAGCUGGCCAGCCUCGACGAGAAGGAUGUCUCAGAUGACGACAGACGACCUCCUCCCACUUCGUCUGAGGAGGAGGAAGAGGAGGUUGACCAAAACCGUAUCGAAAGCUGUCAGCCAUCCAAGAAGUCAUCAAUACCGCCAUGCCACAAGGUUUUCCUGGCCACACUUGGGGAGCAGGCUCGAAAUUCAAACGUGUCCGGAAACCUCACAGCUGUUUCUCCUCUCCCCGCUGCUUGGCACGAGGGUGGUCAAAACGUUCAAGAGUUGGGGAUAGAAGAUACUUCCAUCGUGGAAAAUGAAACAAACCAGAUCGGGACCAUGCUGGCAACAGCCAACGCCGAUGCUGCACCGAGUGGUGGAAGUCGAUUGUUGGUAACGGCAGAGGGUAGUUCAGGACAACGAUCCCCGCUUCAUGGUCAAUUACGUGAGGGUUGUGGGGAAGUUGCUUUUGGGGGGGCAGCAGUUUCGACCACAGGGGGGCAGCAGGAUGCUUUCUCCCUUGGGCGCGCGCACUUGGUUUUACCUGCUACGCAAGAUAUUGAACUUGGAGAAAUGGCAACAGGUGGAAGACGAGGAACACCAGUUGCCGGGGGAUACGAAGCUCUUUCUUUUAGCAAGGCAGUAGGAGCGGGGGAUGAACUCGAGGCAACACGAGAACGUUCGCGUCGAAGACCGACAGUGGAGAGCGCGGCCGAAGGCCUCGUGGGCGAGGAAGAGAUGGUCGCAAAAGCUAUCAAGAAUUUCCGACUCCUUUGGAGAUCGAGCUCACCACGGCACGGGUCAACGGAGGGCCAGAGGACGAGCAGCAACAGCAGUUAUCCUUGUCGGGAGGAGGGCCAUGGGGGGAGUGCUACUGCGAGGGCAACCGUCAGCGGGAGCAUCAGUGGAAAGCCCCGUGAAAAUGGUCGACGGUCCCGGUGCCCGAACAGUUGCGAAGGAAAAGAAGGGAAAAGGGAAGCAGCCGCCGGUCCUAACGCUCGAGCUCUGACAGAAAGGGAGACUGAUGAUAUCGGGGAAGGGGAGGCAGGAUCGGGAGAACGCGAUAUGUUUGAAGGGAACGAUUGGCUAUUGAAGGAACUGAGUCUCCAAGACAUGAGAAUAUCUGCGACAUCGAUCAACAAGCAGUCGAUGUCCGAGGGGCGAACAGAUACCGCAUCGGUGCUCACGCAUGGCUCGGAGGUAUCUUUUGCCGGAAAUCCUGCUUUCGGGCUUCGCCGCCGCCGCACACCAGAAGACCAUGGCGACACCGUCACAAGCCCGCCAGCGUUUUCCACUCUGGUAGCUCCCGGCACUGAGAAAAAUCAUUCACCGUGCUUGGCGGUGGUCGCGAGCGACAAAAAGGGGGAGGAGGAACGCCAACCGAUGGCAGCAGCGGAAAACUCCAUGGGGUCUAGAGUCACCGGGGAAGACUUGUUUUGUGGGUCUCUAACCGAGAUGAGAUGCAUAGCACAGCAACGACGUGAAGAGAGGCUUGCUGACAGGAGCCAGGAGUGUGAGGCGCGCGGAGGAGAGAAGCACGAGGGGUUUGGCUUGGCAACGGGUCCCGUCUUGGCUUCACCCAUCCCACGCCCUUCCAUGCUCCAUCCCACCUCUGUCGGUGCCGGCCGCUCUGCCUCGGAGGUUGCACCUCUACUCUGCCCAGCGUUGUAUUCACCCCGGUCGUGUCUUCGUCACCCGCGUGUUAGCCGUGUUCGGGGAAGGCCAGCCGUGGAUGCGAAACAGAUGGACUCCACACGCAACCGUGAAAAGGAAUGUGUUGAAGACAGUCGGCCCUGUGCAUCGCCUUCUCCUCUGACGGUUGUAGCCCGCUGCACGUGGGGUAACGCCGCCCGUAGACGAAGGGGUGGCCACGGGUCGAAGGAGGCAGGACUCACACACUUCCACAGUAGGAGCGCUGCCAGUCUCCCAGCGUCCGGUGGCACACGUGCUGCUACAGGCUGCACAAGUCAAGACAAGAGGUUGGAGCCUAGCGCAUCAAUUCGUGCUGACGGAGAGAUCCCAUUCCUGGCGUACUUCAGCGAAGGGUUUUGCGAGAGCACGAUGUCUGCUGGGGAUUGGCAGCGACAUCCGCAACACGAAGAGGGGUCACCGAAGCUCGAUGAUGGCCGGUACGACCAGCGCCAGCAGGAGAGCAGUAGGGGCAGCAGCGGCAGUGGAGGAACACCCGAGGUCCCGGAGUGGUCUCCGACAACAUUCACGGCGAGGGAAGACGGCAACAACGAGGAGAAGUGCGAUUCCAGAGCUGACAGUGCAGCGAGUAACGGCCGUCAUUGCGCCUGUGGGGACAGAAUUGGGCGGAGGAAUAAGAAUUGCAACAAAACGUUUUGCCCGUACCGGCCUACGGCUUCCGAGGUAUCAUCAAGGGUGGUGCAGGAGGGGAUUAAGAUUACUGGCGCGUGCGAGGCCGACAGUCGGAAGACUGGGACGCCUUGGCGUUUGAGCGCCGAGAUGUCGUGCGACUUCCGUGGCGGCCUCAGAACAAAGAGCCGCCGAGAUCGACAUCAGCUGAGAGCGCAACAGAAGGACGGCAGAACAUUCGACCGCGAGGGCCCGUACGGUGGAAGCAGCAGUCCAGCCACGACGAGGGGUUCCCGGCGCGAAUACCCAACCUGA